AUGGGUAAUUGGUCCGCUGUCUCGCUGGCAGACGAGUCGGUGGUGCAGAUCCUCUACCGGGUACCCUCCUACACCCCCGGGAUCCUUAAUACCCUGGAUCCUCCCACUGUCCUGGGACCCUUAAUAUCAGCCCCUAUGCCAGUGACUUUUGCAGAUAUGGCUGUAUAUUUUGGAGAUGUCAUGUGGGAGAGCUACAGGAACCUCAUCUCCUUGGGAUUUCCAAUCCCCAAACCAGAACUGAUCACUCAUCUGGAGCAAGAGGCAGAGCCAUGGGGUCCAGGGCCUCAGGAGUCAGAAGAAAGAGGAGACCCCAGAGAUCCCUACCCAAGCAUGAGGACCAAACAAGAAGAGGAAGCAAAAUCAGUCCCUGAUCCUCCCCCUGCCUUGGAUGGUUCCGCCCCACCAGCCACACCCUGUAGCCCAGCCCUGCCCCCUCCCUCAGCAUCUCCACCCCCACCUCCGAAGCCCUUUUCCUGCCCCGAAUGUGGUUCCUGCUUCUCACGACGCUCCCACCUCUCCCGCCACAGGCUGAUCCAUUCUGGCGAGCGUCCCUUCCCUUGUCCCCAGUGCGGGAAGUGCUUUGCCCAGGGGGCCCACUUGGCCUUGCAUCUACGUUCCCACACGGGCGACCGACCCUAUUCUUGUGGUCAGUGUGGCCGAAGUUUUCGCCAUGGUUCCCACCUGGCCCGGCACCGACGUACACAUCUGCCCGAGCCCCCUUACCGAUGUGGCCAGUGUGGAAAGGGUUUCUCCCAGAGUUCGGGGCUCCUGCAGCAUGCCACUGUCCAUACAGGCGAGCGUCCCUAUAUCUGUGCUGUGUGCGGCAGAGGCUUUGGCCGCCACCCUAGCCUCAUACGCCACCAGAAGUCCCAUUCCGGGGAACGCCCCUUCCCCUGUCCCGAAUGCGGCAAGCGCUUCACUCAGAGCGCCAACCUUGCUCGACACCUUCGGACACACACUGGAGAGACGCCCUAUCUGUGUGGGGAGUGUGGCCGUGGCUUUAGUCAGCACCCUCGCCUCGUGGCACACCGAAAAGCCCACCACACGGGACCCCCACCCCCACCUCCUCCUGUCCACUCCUGCGCAGACUGUGGUCUACUGUUCCCUCAGGCUCUGGCACUGGCCCGUCACCGGGCAGCCCAGCAUGGUGGUGAGAAGCCAUUCCGAUGUGCCCAGUGUGGGGAGGGUUUUGGCCACCGUUCCAACCUUCGGCGCCACCAGCGUGGCCAUGGUGGGGAGCGUCCUUACCGCUGCAGUCAGUGCGGCAAGGGCUUUGGUCAGAGCUCAGGGCUGGUCCAGCACCAGCGUGUUCACACUGGGGAGAAGCCCUUCCGCUGCCCAGACUGUGGUCGUGGAUUCCGCUAUAGCUCCAACUUGGCACAACAUUACCGUGGCCACACUGGGGACCGACCCUUCCGGUGUGAGCACUGCGGCAGAGGCUUUACCCGUAGUUCUCACCUGCUAAGGCACCGUGCCACACAUGGUGGGGAGGAUGGAGAUGAAGUCUGUGAGCCUGGAGGAGUCUCUGUGCCGACAAUCGAGGCAACUUCCUCAACUGCCAUAAGCCAGGAAUCCCCCAAGGAAUCUGGAGAGGCUGCCCAAGUGACUGAACCCCUAUCUCAGCCAGAGUGA